GGAGGGGAAAUUGUGAGCCGACGCGCAGGCGCAGUGGCCCGGCGAGGCACAGUGUGUUUUCAAAAUGGCGGCAGCGAUGGAUGUGGAUACCCCCAGCGGCACCAACAGCGGCGCGGGCAAGAAGCGCUUUGAAGUGAAAAAGUGGAAUGCGGUAGCCCUCUGGGCCUGGGAUAUUGUAGUUGAUAACUGUGCCAUCUGCAGGAACCACAUUAUGGAUCUUUGCAUUGAAUGUCAGGCCAACCAGGCGUCUGCUACUUCUGAAGAGUGUACUGUUGCGUGGGGAGUCUGUAAUCAUGCUUUUCAUUUCCACUGCAUCUCUCGAUGGCUCAAAACGAGGCAGGUGUGUCCAUUGGACAACAGAGAGUGGGAAUUCCAAAAGUAUGGGCACUAGAAAAGACGCUCCCUAAAACUUACCCAUGUGUUACUCGUGUAGCGACUCACCUUCCUGUUAAUUAUAAAUUAGAUAGAACUAUGGUUUUUUCUUUCUUUUGUCUUCGGUGUUUGCUGUUCCCACAGCCAUAUUGUAUUUUGUGUCGAAUAAAGUCGUUAAGUUCAAGAAUGGUUGCUGUCUUAUGUGUGUGGAAAGUGUGACCUUGAGAAGGGGCCUCUUCAGUGCCACAUACAACCUCAGAAAGUGCACUGUUCAUUAUCAGAACAGAGGUGUCCUGCAGGUGCAUCAUCACAAGGUCACGAGGAACCUGUUAAAGUCUGGAACUGUGGGUCACUUGUCUUUCUUCUGAGAUAGCACCAGGCCGCUGAAUGAAGAAGGACAUGGCCCAGCCAGGUCUGCUCAGGCCCUCUCCUGAGGGGCCUAGGAUUGAGGAAUGUGCUUGGUGAGCUCUGAAACACUGCAGGUCAGUGCUGAUAUGUAUGGCAUGUUGCAUUCUCUAGUUUAGGGAAAAACUUUUUUAAAAAAUUGUACUAUAUGAUCUUGGCUGUUGGUAGAGCGGUUUUAAACUCUUUAAACAUUGUCUGGACAGAUUGUAAUUCCAUGAGUUUAUGCCUGUUGUAAUCCCAGGCACUUGUAAACCCUGGUACUGGGAUUCAGAAGAAAAGGAGCCCUGGAGUCCAAGAGCAGUUUGUAUGCUGGCACAUGUAGUAGGCAUGUUUGCCCAGGCCCUGGGUUCAGUUACUGACAGACCUAAAUAAGUAAAAGAAUGUUCAGCCGAGCAGUGGUGGCACAAGUUUAAGGCCAGCCUGGUCUACAGAGUGAGUUCCAGACAGGCUCCAGAGCUACACAGAGAAAACCUGUCUCAGAAAGAAAAAAAGAUGUUCAAACUGAAUUAACAAGAGCUCAAGUUUCCUUCAAACAUGCUGGCCUUGAAAGGAGUUGCCAUCCUGAUGCUAAGUCAAUGGCUGAAGCCUACUGAGAAACUGUUUUGGUGCCGUGGUUUUUAGCAGCUAAUGGUUCUUGAAAUCCUCCUGGGAGGUUUGCCUUCAGUGCAACGCCAAGUGAAAGCAUUCUUCUUUGACUUUAGUAAAGCCAUGCAUGGUCAGAUGAAGCAGAUUUGAGGCUCUACCUGGCUCCUGUUGUCAGAAAAGACUGCAAAAAUGUGGAACAAUACUGUCAUUUUGUUUGUUUGUUUUCAAAGUUAAUUUUAAUAAAAAUGUUUAUGUUAAUA